AUGGAGUUUCGUCCGGUGCCUCUGCGCGUGCUGCUCAAGCGCCGCUUCAUCCAGCUCCUCCUACUCUUCUUCGUGGCCUGGUUCUUCCUAUGCAAGUUGACUCAUUACGGCUUGUUGUCCGGUCGAUUCCUUGGUCUCUCUGCAUGUAUCAAUGUCGAAUUCGGCUACAAUCCAGCCACCGCCUCCCUCCCGGCUUUUGAGCCGCCAGAAAACUCCACCUACCGAGCACCAGACACAAUCGACACCUUUCAAAACUACGCCUGGCGAAAUCACAGCGAAUGCCAAAUUUCCUCUCUCGACUUGCACUCUGCCUUUUCUCCCUUGUGUGCUACACGGAAGGACUUCUUACAGGCCUUCUCGGGCGGUGGAAGGAUCGGUUUCAAUCGACCCUUUAUUCCACUCGGGUGCGAUAUGCGCUGGUUCACUACAGAAGAGGUCUGCGAGAUUUUCUCUCGAUUCGAAAAGGUCAUUGUUGUGGGUGACAGCAUGAUGAGACACGUAGUGGGAGCGUUGAAUGUGCUUCUGCGCAAAGAUCUCGGAUACGGAGCAGUGACGAAUUGGAACUUUGAUGACCAGGAACUGCGUGAAUGCUUUUGCAACCACCAGAUGGACGUUAAAUCGUGUUCUGUACAGGGAAUAUUCUCCACCUCGUCGGUCCUCGAGCACGACCUGUCGAGCUUAGCCUGUCCGAGCGAGAGCCCCAUAGACCUGGUCAUCGAGAUGAUGCUCCGGUUUCCUCUCGACAAUGAGGAAGUCAACCGGUACAAGGACCUGCUGUUGCCCACCAAACCCGGCAAACCCUAUGCAUUCAUCUUCGGCCACGGUCUAUGGAACGACCUCGACCUCCAAGCCACGAUGAACUGGCUGGACGGCAUUCUGGACCACACGCUCCUCCAAGCCCCGUACCUGUCGGCAGUGAACAAACGACACGCCCACUCCAUCUGGCCGCGCCUCUUCAUCACGCCCAACGCCGCGGGCGUCAGGAAACCGGAUGAGUGGCUGGUCAGUCAGGGCGACAAGGCCCUGAUGAUCUUUGAGGAGAGCGUGCGUAACGAAGCCGCCAAGAGAGGCGUCGAGGCCAUGGGCACCUGGAACAUGAGCGUGCAAUCGUCCAAAUACGACGGCGUUCACCUGGACCUGAAGGGCAAUCUGGUCAAGGCCAUGGGGGUGGUUAAUUGGUUGAAUCUGGUGGAUGUGCACGCGUGGUAA